UCGCCGAGUAAAGACUGGAGGCAUCAGCGUGCUGGAUAAAACCAGAGUUGCCUGGCACCACCUCACAUGUCUCCCUGCGUCUCCCUCCACCCCCCAUCCUGUGCUGGGCUUCUGGGAGCUGCUGCGAAGAGGCACGGGGUGUGCCAGUCAGGGGCGCUCUGCUACUGGGGAAGAAGUGCACAUUAUCAGCUUGCAGAGGAGAGUGCCAGCAGAUGCCCAGGUGACCCUGGUGCUGGCCCCAGAUCCCUUACCUGGAGCUCCCGUCUUUCUGCUGCACUCGCAGGAGCCUGUGCACUGGACUCUGCCAUCUCCUCCUGGAAAGAACUGGACUUUCCAGGUCUCCCCUGGUUCAAGCAUCUCAGCCACUGAGCCAGUUACUUCUGCUAAGGAGACCAGCUUUCCACAGACACCCAGAGACCUGCUGAAGUGGGCGCGUAGGGAGUUCGGAGGGGUCACCUCACUGGCUGAGUACCAUGGAGUCAACACCAUCUACAUUCGCCUGGGGGCUGACAGGACUGCACCAGCCAAUUGCAAGCUGCAGAGGAAUUUCCUAACAUCCGCUCACUUUGCCUCUGAGCGACAGCUCCAGCCUCUAAGGGUUUGCCUAAAUCCUGAUCCUCCUCAAGAGCUUGAAGUUCACAUCAUCUUCUCCAAAGGACUUGCUCCAAAGCCCGGCUUGGCCCAUUUGACUGUGGAACUUCAUGCUGCCAGAAGAGCCUUACAGCAGGGGUUGCUCUUGAUCCUGAAGAGUGAAGGGGCUGCCCAAUGGAUGGUCCGUGCCCACCGCCUCACCGGCCAGCUGCAUGUACUGGCUUCCCAUAAAGUUGUCGUCAGCAGCACAGAAGCAGACUCACCCCUGAUGGCAACCCAGCGUACAUCUCCUGGGCUCGCUCACGCCCGGGAUCCUUUGCAAUAUGCCGCAGGACAGAAGCUGCCAGCAUUCACAUCCUACACUGAGGCUGAGCGGGUGAACAGGUUUCUACUUCUUGUUGGGUUGAAUGAGGCCACUUCUACCCCUCCAGGGGAUCAUAAGCUCGUGAGACCCGUCCCCAGACUCGCAGUUGAAAGACAGAACUUCCCUGAGGCCACCACAGCUGGCUGGGAGAUGAGGCAGGAGUUCUUGGGGCAGGGCGGUCCUGUUCUCCAUCCUCUGCCUAUAGCCAAAACAGAAGGAACAAAAGCUUUCCUGUGUCCUGCUGAAGAGCAGAAACCCCUGCAACAAAAGAAAGGGCCUCAAAGUGUGUCCUGUAUCUCCUCACCUUCAAGCCAGGCCUCUUCCCCAGAAGCCAGCAUGGCCUUCCGGGACCUUCCUUUUCACCACGGCAAGGUCCUGCUCAGCCUCGAGGUCUACAAUUCUGAGGCUUUUACCAAACAACCAGGACCCUGUACAGUCUCAGCCAACAGCCGUGUUUUUGUAGAGGCUUCCCUGGCUACCUAUGAUUUGUGCCUUGGCUUCACCAUCCAGCAGUGUUUCAUUUCCCCUUCUUCAGAUCCCUCAGUGACCUCUCCGUACUUGCUGGUCCAACACGGCUGUGCCGCUGAUGCCCAUGUGAAUUUGUCAGAAUCAGAGCAGACUGUCCAGGGCCAGGCCUUGCCUCUAGGAUACCAGGAGCGUCAGCGGCUGAGCUUCAUACUCCAGCCACGCUUCAAUGACUCCAUUCAGUUCCUGCACUGCCGCUUGACACUCUGCAGCCGGGAGACUCAGGACCACGGCCAGCCCAAGGGCCCAAUCCCCAAGUGCCAAUCCAAGGAUGAGGCAUGCAAGAGAAAAGAAGGAUUGGCCAGCGGCCGCUUCCAGCGCAUGGUCACCAAGCCCAUCAUAGUGACUGUGGAGACAUCACUCAGAGCUGCUGUUCCAAGCCAGAGGACAGAUAAUUUCCUGGCCAAUCAGCAAGGAAAAGUCCUGAAGAAUGCCAUCCACACAAGGAAGACACAGCCAGUCCCGACUGCAGCAGGUCUGGAACUCCCAGCUGUGGUUGGCAUAGCCUUUUCUGCCUUCAUCAUUGGCAUGUCCCUCACUGGCGGGAUCUGGUUCAUUCAUUCCCAGACAGGUGAUGCAGCAAUCAGGAAGAGGAGCCAAACUGUCCUGGAGAGAGGUCCUGAAGAUGCAACCAUUCCAAAGCCUCUAGAUGUUUCCUCGGCGCUGACUGCAGCUGGCCCUGGACGUGGCUCCCAGCCCUAACAGGUCUCUUAUAAGGGCAGGUUCUAAGAGGUCUUUCGCUUGUGCUCAAGCAUCUAUGUCAAAUGGAUCUGUUCACAUUCCUCCAAAUCACCUUCUUCUUCAGUCUUUAGCCCCAUGUCACACUUGGCUGACUUAAUUUUGUGUGGCACUGCAUAACUUCAGGGGCUCAAACCUUUAGCUGAUAUAAGUAAUUCUGCUUGGCAGCACUAGUAAGGCUUUUCCACAACUCAGUCUGGGUAGCUGCCUGGGCAUUUGUGCUUCUCCCCAUUUGGGUUUGGUUCUCUAUUUCUAAACUUGUGCUGCAGAAAAAUGAACUCUCCUACUCCCGCCUUUUUUUUUUGUGAAGAAAAUUGCAUUCCAUGGUAAUGGGACACAUCUGCUGUCCUCCUCACCUUGUGGGGAAACUGUCCACUAACACAUUUUGAAAGACUACUUUGGCUCAGGUGUGGUUGGUUCACACACACUGGUAAUUUGAAAUGGUUAAAUGCAUUUGAACCCAUGUUGGCGUAGUCUAGCUUCCAGGCACCUUUGAAGUCAGACCUCUAACUUCCCAAGAGAAAAAAGAUGCAUUCCAAGAAGCAAGAUUAAAAUUUAGCAAAUUUGGGGAUUUCUCUAGUUGGCCUUCUUGCAAAAGAUUAACUGUCUAAACAACUGCUAUUGCAGAAGGACUUCAGUGUAAUGUAUCCAGAGUUCACCUUCGCUCAUGCAGCUAGAUAUUCUACAUUGAGAGUGGGCACUAAUGUUUCACAAAACGGGUCUUUACCACAUAGACCUUAGCAGGGUUUGGUAUGCUGCCAUAUGGGGGCAUCCUGUAAAUAUACAGAAAUACAGGCCUUUAAGUGGUCACUGUAAACCACAACCUCCACAUUUGAGUUUUUUAAAAGUGGAAUUCCUGCAUGAAUGCCUUGGAAAGGAACCUACCGUGCUGUGCAGAUAUGCACAGCACACCCUGACGUGGAGAAACACCCGUUUUCUCAAUAAUGAGCACUGUCACCACCACCCUGCCAUAAGGGCCAAGACACAGAAUUAUUAAGACAGUGUAAAUAGUUUAUUUUGGGUUUUUUUGUUUGUUUGUUUGAAAUUACAGAUAUUUUGUACAACAGUAUUUGUUUUAAAAUGAGCCUGGAGAGAAUGAAAAGUUAUAUUCUGAGGAGCAGAGAAGGGGUACUGGUACAUAGGUACACUAAACACAUGAUUUCAGGAACAGCUGGGGCAGCGAGAAGAGAAAGAUACUUUCCAAUCUGGAAAGCAAAAACAGACUGUCACCUGCCUACACAUUCCUUCUGGAUAUAAGCAGCUUGCUGUUUGCUAGCAGUGAGUGGUAUAGCUGCACAGAAUAUGGGACACGCCAAUAUAUAAAGAGAAGAUGUAGAGAGGUCCUCUUCUGCCUAGAGAGAACAUGGCACAGGUAUGAGUCGCAGCAACAGGACAAGUCUGCCACGGAGGCUUCCACAUCUGGUUCUUGGCCCCUUUUGACUCCUGUGCAUUCAGCAACAUAUGUCUUUCACACAUACUUCUCCAGGAGGUGGCACAAAUGGGGACCAUAAAGGUAUGGCAAGUAGGCAUCACUAUUUUCAUGCAGGGUGGCUGGCUUAUGGAACCUGUGGGCCUGGUACUGCACCAUUUGGAAUGGUCUGGGCUUUUAGAGUGAACUGUAGAAACCACCACACAAACAACAAAAAGACUCUCUACUUUUACAUGCACAUCACUGUACUCUGCUUCAGAAUUGCUGCUUUGGGAUUUCCCCCAGGCAUGUCUUCAUAGCCUGUCUUAUGUUUCUACUGUCCCACGGACAGAGGCUCUUUUACCCCAAGCUUCAUAGCCAACUUUUAGUAUAAUAUUUGUGCUGUUACUGUAUCUAGAAUUGUCGGUUCCAGACACAGUUCCAACUCAAAGCUAAACAGAAUGAAAUGUAAACUACUUUGGUCUGCUGCACCUAAAUAAAACUUUUCUGUGCUACCUUU